AUGCGUUCUGAGGGCAUGAAGAGUGAGGAGGCGACCGAUGCUGCUUGGGAAGCUACCAAGGGAGGUCUCACCGGAGCUGCGAAGUGGGGAGUCGGCGCCGCGAUCUUGGGUGCGGCUGGGUAUUUCUGGUCUCCGGUGUAUCGGGGCACAACGAUUCAGUUCAAAGUGUACUUGCAAAUGUCGGGUAUGGUGCUGGGAGGCAUGAUCCACGCCGACGGAAGUCUCAGGAAAUACGAGCAUGAGAUGCGAGUGAGGAGGAGCUGGUUGCGGGAAAAGGCGAAGUGGGAGCAGUACGAAGCCUCGCUUGCAAGCGAGAAUGAGAAGAAAGGGAACAACUAA